AUGCCCUUCCGCGCCGGAAGCGCUGCUUUCCUGUCUUCGAGUUCGUCCGAUAGAGCGACCAUGAAGACUCCCGCGACAAUUCCCGGCAACCCUGGAACGCCACCACCCAUGAAGAAAGCGCGAGUUGAAGUGCCAUUACCGAGCCAGGAGGGAAAGAAGGGUGCUAUGCAAUACGCAUUGACGACACUCGACCAAGUAGCCAACUGGGCUCGUCAGAGCUCUCUCUGGCCCAUGACCUUCGGUCUCGCAUGCUGCGCCGUCGAGAUGAUGCACUUGUCUACCCCAAGAUACGACCAAGAUCGUCUUGGUAUCAUUUUCCGUGCUUCUCCCCGACAGUCGGACGUCAUGAUUGUAGCCGGAACCCUCACAAACAAGAUGGCACCUGCGCUGCGACAGGUGUACGACCAGAUGCCCGACCCCCGCUGGGUUAUUUCCAUGGGCAGCUGCGCAAACGGAGGAGGAUACUACCACUACAGCUACUCUGUCACAAGAGGAUGUGACAGGAUUGUGCCGGUGGAUAUCUACGUACCUGGCUGCCCACCUACCGCCGAGGCGCUCAUGUACGGCGUUUUCCAGCUACAGAAGAAGAUGAGGCAUACCAAGAUCACCAGGAUGUGGUACAGGAAGUAGAGUGUUACUGGUUUGGCGUGGUCUGUUUGGCGGUCGUUAUACCUGCGAGUUUAGAGGAAAUAGAUUCCUCUUGUACGAAUCCACCUUAUAUAUGCAA